AUGCGAGCGGCGGCGAGCUGUGUUACACUUUUGGCGUCCUCCUCGUCCUCGUCCUCGUCCUCGACGACUAAAAGAUUUGAAAGGAGGAGAUUAGUAGGGGAUUCCCCGGUGUUCAAAAGGAAGAGUAAAAGUAACGACGACGAUGGUGAUAAAACCAUCGAGGAGGAAAACUCCGGAAGAACGCCGCGCUUUGAGAAGGAGGAGCGACGGACGUCGUCAUCCGAAGCCUCGUCGUCGUUAAAGAAAGAGCUGCUGAGCAUCGUAGCCUCGUCGAGAAAAGCAAACACGAUUGAAACGAGAGCCAAAAAACGAGAGAUAUUAGAUAAAGUUCUCGAGCUGGAGAAGGAGGCGAGCGCGAAACUGGAUUUAGAAGGGGACAUCCAAGGCCGGUGGUCGCUCGUCUAUUCCACAGACGACGAUGAAAAUAAAGCUAUGUUCAUGCUGGACGAUGCGAACGAUAAAGUCGUGAAGGAAAUUUUGGAUAGUUUGUAUAAGUUCUUCUUCGCGUUCGCGGCGCCGUUGGCCGGCGGAUUUUCCUCUUCCGAGACUGCGAAGAGGAAGGAGCGCGGAGGGGAUCUCUUCAAGUCCAUUCGAAACGAGCAAAUCGUCGACUUGACGAAUGAAAGCGUAGAGAAUUUCGUAGAUUUAGAGAUAUUAGGACGAGAGACGCGAGUGGUCGUUCGCGGAGAGAUUAAACCGUUAGAUAAGAACCAAAGAAAAGUUCAAGUCACUUUCACGGAUUGGUCGUUUGACAACCUCGUGACGUUACCGCUUCCCAGACCUACCGGCGGGUUAGAAAACACCUAUUGCGACGAAACGAUGAGAAUAUCGAGAGGAAGUCGAGGCGGCGUGUUCAUCACCACACGGAUAAGAGGAGGAAGGGGAUAA